CAGGAAAGAAACGUACAAGCCUCAGAGUUCGCUUAAAAGCAGGUUGCAGAUAUCGACGUUAUUGAGCUGCCAGGCUUUUCAGGAGCAGAAGCUAUGGCUUUUAUAAAAAGUGGUUGGAUGCUUCGUCAAAGCACAAUCCUAAAGCGUUGGAAAAAGAACUGGUUUGAUCUAUGGUCCAAUGGGUGUCUGGUAUAUUAUAGUGAUCAGGAACGUCAAGACAUGGAAGAUGAGAUCUACAUGCAGACAGAGUGCAUCAGCAUCAGAGUAGGAAAUGAAUGCAGAGAUUUAAACCCACCAGAAGGGAGAGAUAAGGAUUGCUGCCUGCAGAUUGUUUGCCAUGAAGGGAAACUUAUUAACCUGGUGGCUGAAAAUACAGAAGACUGCUUAGCCUGGGAGACUGCACUAAAGGAUGCUAGAACUAAAUCUAUGAUUGUGGAUUCAAAUCUGCUGUACGAUGAAGCUUUUCUUGGCCCUGCUCCACCAUACACUCCAUUCGGGGCACCUCCGGCCUAUGGAUAUGAUCAGUAUCCAGGGGGCUACCCAGUUUCCGGAUCACAGGUCAUCUAUACCAGAGAUGGACAAGCAUAUGCCUCUUACCCAUAUCCCCCACAAGGAUAUGGAGCACCUCCAGGCAAUCACAUCAUUGUUCGAGAGCGAUACUAUGACAACGACGGGGACCUUGCGAUGGGCAUGCUCGCAGGAGCCGCCACUGGAAUGGCUCUUGGUUCUCUUUUUUGGGGAUUUUAAAUGCUUCCGCGUAAUGAUUGCAGAAUUUAUUUAAUAGAUUUCCCUUAACAUUUAUAGCUUUUCAAAGAAGUGAUAUUUUUUAGAAGUACAGUCAGAGGAAUUCACAGAAAUGUAAUAUAAUAGCAGAUUUGAUAAUAAUGUAUUUAUAGAGCAUUAACAACAUACAAUAACUACUCUAUAUGAUAUAUAAAGGAGGAUGAAGAUUUAUUUAAUAGUCUAUAUUGAUAUUUAUGCUCAUAUUACACAUGCUAUACUUCUUAUAAUUUUAAUACAGAUAAGUGGAGCUCCGUUGUGGCCUGCACCUUCCUGCACUCCCUUACUUGCAUCUGUAAAUAACGUGCAAGUUAGGGGACUAGUAUGGACUAGAAUACAGUUCUGUCAACCAAAGGCAGUUCUGUAUUGGGUGGGGCAGAAGUAUGUUCUCUUGUGCAGAGAUUUGCAACAAUUUUUCAAAGGGCAGGGCAUGGUGCAAGGUGCAGAAGUCAUAGCAUUCUAUGCCCUUUUGUUUGUGUUUUGUACCCUGACAUGCACUAAGUACAUGAACCCCUUUGUCAAUGGUUUAACUGAAUAACUGAAAAUACAUACAAAUUAUAGACCAAUUGCAAAUGGUCUUAGAAUAUCAAUGUCUACAUGAUACUUAGGGGCACAUUUACUAAGGGUCGAACAUCGAAGUCGAAGGAUUUACCGCAAAUACUUCGAUCGAACGAUCGAAGGAAAAAUCGGUGGAUCGAACGAUUAAAUCCUUCGAAUCGAACGGUACGAAGGAUUUUAAUCCAUCGAUCGAAGGAUUUUCCUUCGAUCAGAAAAAGCUUAGCAAACUUAUGGGGAAGGUCCCCAUAGGCUAACAUUGGUGCUCGGUAGGUUUAAAGUGGCGAAGUAGGUAGUCGAAGUUUUUUUUAAAGAGACAGUACUUCGACUAUCGAAUGGUCGAAUAGUCGAACGAUUUUUAGUUCGAAUCAUUCGAUUCAAAGUCGUAGUCGAAGUACCCAAAAAAAAACGUUGAAAUUCGAAGUUUUUUUACUUCGAAUCCUUCACUCGAGCUUAGUAAAUGUGCCCCAUAAUGUUAAUUUGAAGAUGAACUAUCCCUUUAUUUACUUGGGAGCUAAUAUUGGCCAAAAAGGAAAUUGUCAAUGCUACAGUUGUCCAUAAAAGAGCUAUGGUGACACACAAAGUGACCCAUCACCCAAAACCUGGAAAGAGAUACAGAAAAUUUUGAGCAAUAAAGACAUAUCGUCUUUAAGGGCAAUGACACUUUCAUGUGUUUCACUUGACAUGAUAUGGUGCUCUGUCAGGCUUAAGUGGUGCCAUAUAUUGGGUGGCACAUGGGCAGGACAUGGGUGACCUCUUGAAUUCCCCUUGCUGCUGUAUCAAUUAUGAGAUAGGAGCAGAGAACCAGAGGACACGUGGAGCAUCUAGGCACAUAGAGAGACGAAACCAGCACAAGUUAUAAAUGGACAUUGCUGGGCUGUGGUGCAACACUUUUAGUUUACACCUUAUUCCGCCUUUUGGAGAGAAUAUAAUUCUAUAAUCUUACAAUUAGACCCUCUAUAUAAUGUCCUCUAAUUUAUCUGCAAGCAUGAAACACAAGUAGGAAGAAAAGGAAGGGAGGGGCUUAUGAUAUACAGUUUUUUAUCCUUCAUUGGAAGAGGAGGUAUUAAGAGCAAAAGCAACAUCAUGGUUAGUGCUUUAUAGUAUAAAAAACAGGAUUGAAUGUGUUUUUUUAGCCAGAUAUUCAGUGCAAUUAUAUGUUUUAAAAGGUUAAAAUAAGGGAAAUAACAUAUUGUUUUACAGCAUGCAUUAAAAGAAAACAAAAAAGCUUUAUUAGAGGGAGGCAGAGGGAGGGAGGGAUGCCAUCUUUCUCCUUUAAGCUGUAACAUACAAACUCUUUUUUUCAUAGUUUUUCUUCAAAUGUAAAUCAACAAAUGUAAAAUAUUUUAAGAAAUUAAAGAAUUUAAGAAGCUACAUUUUAGCUACCACAGGCAACAAAUCUCCUGAAAAUGAUUUGUGUUUAAAUAAAAUACACUGAAUCGAAUGUGGUUCUCCAGAGUAAACUUUACUUUUACUUCAAAAACUAAGCAACACGUAUGUUUCCUCAUUUACGCAUUUUCAGGAGAUUUGCUGACCCCGGGUUAGUGCAAUUUAAAGCAACAGUAACAAUAAAAAAAUAAAAGUGUUUUAAAGUAAUGACAAUAUAAUAUAUUGUUGCCCUGCACUGGUAAAACCGGUGUUUUUGCUUCAGAAACACUACUAUAGUUCAUAUAAACAAGCUGCUGUGUAGCAAUGGUGGAAACUGAAAGAAGGCUAGGUAACCUGGCACAGGUUAAAUAGUGGAUAACAGAUAACACCAUUGUGUUCUACAGAGCUUAUCUGCUGUGUAACUUGAGCCUUUUCUCCUUUGAAUGGCUGCCCCCAUUGCUACACAGCAGCUGAUUUAUAUAAACAAUAGUAGUUUUACCAGUGCAGGGCAACGCUGCAUUAUAUUUUCAUUACUUUAAAACAUUUUAAUUUUAAUACUGUUCCUUUAACCACAGGAGAUCUUGAAAGAUCAUGAGAAAUCUUCUCAUGUACUAUUACCCUUCCUGACAAUAAUACUGUUGUUUAUAGAAGCCCCGAUUCGAUUGAAUUCAAAGAAAUAAAGGAAAAACAUACCUUCA